UGCAAGGGCACUUGUGCAUAGUUUUGACGGCAGUACUUGUACCUCUAGCUCUACAGACCGGCUCAGUGCAUGUAUGCAGAGGACUCUGCGUAGGAUCCGCUGCCGCAUGCCGUGGAGUGUUUCGGUUUUUGAUUUACUCUGACUGUGCUGCUGCGUGAACGGUUAGAUUAGAAUACGUAGAGCAAUGACAACUAAUGGUGCGCCUUCCGGUCAAAUCUUUGCAGCAGAAUGCCUCAAGAAGCGGCGAGUACACGAGAGCGGUGAGGUACAGUACCUUGUAAAAUGGCGUGGAUACCAUGACAGAUUCAAUACUUGGGAACCAGAAGGCAAUAUUCUCGAUGAGAGGUUGUUUGCAGCAUUUCACAGAAGUCAGUCGAACAAAGAUGAUCCCACCGGUACUAGAACAGCUGCAGCGGUAGCAGCAGCAACUCCAGCAAUGGCAAGGAAGAAAACCAGCAAGGAAGAACGAAUGGACCCAGCAGCAUCACAUGCAUCAUCCCUGCAUAAACCAAGGAAAGGGAGAAAUCCAAAGAAGUUUCCACUCACAACAGCUUCAAAGACUGAUCGUCGGGUAACAACGGAAUCGGCUGAGCCUCAGAAAGAGAAGAAACCCACCAUUGCGCCGGUUUCAGCUAGUCCAACACAGCAAUCUCAGUCCACAUUGACAAAAGCAGGUAGGCAAGCAGAGAGGUCAACCAGUACACCAACAUCUCAAAACCCCAAACUGGCUAAGAAAUCAUCGGAAAUGGAUACAUGUACGUUGCUAUCAACAGAGGGCACAUCUCUGUGCACCACCCGAGCACUGGGACAGUCUUCAAACUCUCCACAUCAAACUGCUGCCAGUGCUAAAUCAGCUGUAAGCAACUCAACUCAGCCCAUGGACAUACAUGUAGGUAGCUCCCUUGGAGUAAGUUCCAAAUCUUCUCCUAAGCCAGUUCGCCAGCCGAAGCGAGAUACGUCACCACCAUCUCAAGCCGAUGAGCGGCCACGAAAACAACUGAAACCUGACCCAAAGGCUCCGACACCAUCGUUGAUGAAUUCAUCAAAUGUUGUCAGUGCUCCAGGUGCAAGGGCACAGCCAGUGUCAGCAAGCCCAGCGCAGCAAAGUGUUUGCAGUAAGAAAUCCAUACCACCAAGCACUGGCAUGGAUCUCUCUGAUGAGCCACCCAGUACGGAGUCACCACCAUCGUGUCCCCCCUUGGCCCACUGCAGUGGUAGGAGCUCUGCUACAUUGACUGGUGACACUGCCGUGACCGCUUCAACCCAGCCUGUCAGCGCCACCAGCACUACUACUUCCUCCAAUGGCAGUAUCAGCAGCAUCAGAGUUGAGGAGAGCAACAGCAGCAUUCGCUCUAGCAUUGCAGGCUAUAUCGACAGCCGCAGGAGCACUCAAAACAAACCUAGUCAUGGUAUUACUACUGCUAGCAGCAGCACCUCCACUAAUGGCUCCACUCCUGGCAGUAAGAAAGACAGUGGCAGCAGCUCCACUAAUGGUUCCACUCCUGGCAGUAAGAAAGACAGUGGCAGCACCUCCACUAAUGGCUCCACACCUGGCAGUAAGAAAGACAGUGGAAGUAGCUCCAAUGUCUCCACUCCCAGCAAUAAGAAAGACAGUGGCAGCAGCUCCAAUGGCUCCACUCCUGGAAGUAAGAAAGACAGUAGCUCCAGCAAAGGCAGCAGCAGCAAAGGCAGUAGCAGGGGCACCAGCCCCCUGUCACACAAGGAGACCAACCACGGCCAUACAGUGGCAUCACCUCUUUCAUCUUGUUCCGUCUCACACUCUCUGACCAUGACAGGUAUGAGUGACCACAGUGGUACUAGAACAGCUCCUGCAAAUACAAGGAACGCCGCUUCCUCACCUGCUGGAACAGGAGUAGCUAGAAAUACCAGUGGCACCGGCACCGUCACCACCUCACCUACUGACAACGCCAAGUAUGCAAUAACAAAGAACCCAUCCAGUAGGAACAAGAGAGGAGCAUCCAAACAAGACCUAACGGUUGUUGGUAGCCAUAGCAACGCUGUGGUUGCUGGUAGCCAUGGAAACUACAGUAGUCCUCCGAUUUCAGCCAGAAACACCAGCAGUCACGCUCCCAACAAACCCACCGCGACAACAUCGACAAGCAAUUGUCAGAGAAGCUUCAGUACGCUGUCUAGCAAGAGUUCUUCUCUGAGCACAUGCAGCAAUGCAAGUAAAGCUAAGGGACGUUCUGCACCACCAGCAGCAGCAGCAGCAGCAGCAGCAGCAACAUUGUCCAAGACGAAUGCUUUGCUCGUGACCACCACAUAUGUCACAUGCCCACGGACAGGGGUGUGCGUGAUAGUCCGGGAAAGUCCCGUUGCCGAGGGAUUCUUCAAAUCUCUAUGCAAAUGACGGACACAAUAUUACUAUGCCAACGCUCAGACAAUACCAUGAUGCGAUGUGGAGAUGUGACAAUACCAUGAUGCGAUGUGGAGAUGUGACAAUACCAUGAUGCAAUGUGGAGAUGUGACAAUACCAUGAUGCAAUGUGGAGAUAUGACAAUACCAUGAUGCGAUGUGGAGAUGUGACAAUGCCAUGAUGCAAUGUGGAGAUGUGACAAUACCAUGAUGCGAUGUGGAGAUAUGACAAUGCCAUGAUGCGAUGUGGAGAUGUAACAAUGCCAUGAUGCGAUGUGGAGAUGUGACAAUACCAUGAUGCGAUGUGGAAAUGUGACAAUGCCCUGAUGCAAUGUGGAGAUGUGACAAUACCAUGAUGCAAUGUGGAGAUGUGACAAUACCAUGAUGCAAUGUGGAGAUGUGACAAUACCAUGAUGCAAUGUGGAGAUGUGACAAUGCCAUGAUGCGAUGUGGAGAUGUGACAAUGCCCUGAUGCAAUGUGGAAAUGUGACAAUGCCCUGAUGCAAUGUGGAGAUGUGACAAUACCAUGAUGCAAUGUGGAGAUGUGACAAUACCAUGAUGCAAUGUGGAGAUGUGACAAUGCCAUGAUGCGAUGUGGAGAUGUGACAAUACCAUGAUGCGAUGUGGAAAUGUGACAAUGCCCUGAUGCAAUGUGGAGAUGUGACAAUACCAUGAUGCAAUGUGGAGAUGUGACAAUACCAUGAUGCGAUGUGGAGAUGUGACAAUACCAUGAUGCGAUGUGGAGAUGUGACAAUACCAUGAUGCGAUGUGGAGAUGUGACAAUACCAUGAUGCAAUGUGGAGAUGUGACAAUACCAUGAUGCGAUGUGGAUAUGUGACAAUACCAUGAUGCGAUGUGGAUAUGUGACAAUGCCAUCUAACCAGAAGAUUAUAGCAGCAUACCGGCUGCCCACUUUGACCAACGAAAGAGACUCCAAGCCUAUUUCCUGAGGUAUUUUGCUGCCGGAAAACUUCCAGCUUACAUGCAACGUAAGUUGCAACAGGUUCAAUUUCCCCCUCCUCACCCCCACCGCCCCGGAUGUGGGCAGCAGCAGCAAGUGCUUGUCAUACACACUCCACGGUCUUGGUUACUGCUAGUGACAACAUCCUGACUUUUACCUUCCCUAACUUUGGGACAGUUCAAGACGUAAGUCCCACCUCUCCUCUUCCUCCUCCUCCUCCUCCUCCUCCUCCUCCUCCUCCUCCCCCUCCUCCUCCCCAGUAUGCACAAUAACGUGUGUGUGUGCUUGUGUGUGUGUGUGUAUGUGUGUUUGUGUGUGUGUGCUUGUGUGUGUUUUGAAUGUUUGCUUGCAAGACUGGAUCCGUCCCACAUAGUCAGUCACAGCACUAGCAUUGCCAUGAUUUUAGUGCUACCUCCAAGGCUCCAUUCACUACUAUCCCUCUUAUCGAUUUCAUGGCACAGCUCCCAGCCCGGCAGAAGCAGUGAUCCUUUUACAAAGUGUUUUCCUGGCCUGUAGACCAGCUUAUUUGCAUAUUGGCGUGCAAUUUAUUGGCGUGCAAUUACAUGUUUAAACUUUAACCCCGUUUUAACUUUAACCUCCCCCCCCCUCCCCAUUCAUAGCCUCCAUGUACGAACAUUUCAUAUUUCAUGUAUCGUAGCCCAACUGAGCUCCUCCAUACCACCAACACUAAUCACUAUCAUGCUAUUUUUCAUGUGUGCUGUGUUGGCCCUACUCAUUGCACUGCACAACUGGUACCUCCUUCUUGCCUGUCCACAGUUUACUCUCAGUUUUAUUAGACUUUACCAGAUUGCCACAGUCAGACUAUUGGUGGUAGUGAGACAGUUUGUAUGUCACGGAAUGCCUGAGCAUGAUGUGUUCAG